AUGCCAUUGCCUGGAAUAUCCGUCGGCCGAUGGAACGCCUUAAUCCGCACUCACCAUAUAACAUCCCGUAAGAAAGUCGCCAAGCUACGACAGGCGGCCGCUACAGAAGAUGUCUAUGCCUUACUCCACAGCGGCCGCCCUCCAGGGAUCAUGUACGUCGAGGGAACACAAGCUGGAGUAGAGUCUUGGGUUGCGACGGUCCAGAGGCUUCGAUAUAAGGACUUCCAGCUCGCUUCGAGGCCUUCUGUGGUUGAGAGGGGCGCCAACGUGGUCGACGAGGACGGUAAUCAUCGCCAACCAGGCUUGUUCGAAGUCAGCGCUGUGAAAGACUUUGCGGCCGACAUGGAGAAGCGGCAAGUGUACGCCUGGUGGAGGAAGGCCAUGGGGUUUACAGGCAGCGAGGACCGCCUGUGA